AUGAUGUUGCGGCGCCGUUUUCGCCUCAUCGGACAUCAAAAUGAUGGUACGGCGAUCAACGAUGACGGCAUCAUCAUCAACGGCAAUAACAAUACUGUGGACGGACCGGAGCGAAAAGACGCAAGAGGGGCGGUCCUGGACUUCGAUGAUCUCGAUAUCACGGGUAGCGUCAAGGAGGGCGUUCGCGUCGACUCGUGCUCAGGCCACGUCAAGGAUAGCACCGUCGACCAGGAGGACAGCUCGGCGUGGGCCAUCUUCGUACAGCGACCCGACGGCACUGAGGUCAGCGGAAACCAGAUAACGGGCAGCAAGAGCUUGAUCCUGAGGGAUGAUCUUGAGGGUGGCGCCUCGCCGACCGUGAACAGCAACACGAUUCAAACGCCCACGCUCACCUCCGUUCGCGUCAGGACGGCCAACACACACUACAGUGGAAACAGUGGGGACGGGAGAUGCGACGGCUGCUCAAGGAUUGGCCUUGUCGCGUCGAGCACCGGGUGUUUCACCCAAGAUUCAGCUUCGAGCGAUUCCGAGGUCGACGCCUACAUCACCGAUCAACAAUGUGCUCUUUGA